AUGAAGUUCCGACGUCGGUUCUUCGUCAAACUGAUGGCCGUCGCGGUCGGAUUUUUAUUCGCAGUGCCUCUUAUGCUAUAUUAUUUGGAUGAAAACCAGAACACGUGGAAACAGCAGUCGUUAAAGCAGCUCUUAGCAAAGCAUGUUGCAAAAGACGUUCUUAGCAAGCAUGAAGAAAAUAGCAUGAAGAUAGUAACGGAUGCAGCACAAAUUUUGGAAAAUCAUGAUGACAUGGCACCGUUAAAAGACGAAAAACUGUUAGCUGUUCUCAAAGAUGGCAUUCUAGGCAAUUACGAACCCCCAGAGAAAGCGAAUGUCAACAAACCAGGAGAAAAUGGUAAGCCUGUCUACACCAGCAUGGGUGAGAAAUUGCUGGCUGAUGCUUCUGUCCAAGAAUAUGGAUUUAAUUUAGUGGCCAGUAACAAGAUAGCCAUGGAUAGAAAGAUUCCUGACACACGGAUGAAUGAGUGCAAAUAUUGGCAUUAUCCUGAAGCUUCCAAACUGCCAACUGCUAGUGUGGUUAUUGUUUUUCAUAAUGAAGGUUUCUCUACUUUGAUGAGAACUGUUCAUAGUGUGAUCAACACUUCACCUCCAUCUCUUCUCAAAGAAGUUGUCAUGGUUGAUGAUAAAAGUAGUAAAGAAAAUUUACAAAAGAACCUUGAGGAUUACAUUGUAGCUAAUUUUAACAAUAAAGUCAAAUUGUACAGGAAUAAAAAACGAGAAGGCUUAAUUCAAACACGGACACGUGGGGCAAAAUAUGCAACAGGAGACGUCAUUGUGUUUUUAGAUGCACACUGUGAGUGCAAUCGCAAUUGGUUGGUACCACUUUUAGCCAGGAUUGGAUAUGACAGAACCAUCAUGGCUGUGCCUAUCGUUGAGAGUAUCAACUGGGAUGACUUCAGUUACAGUUCUGUUUACUCUGCCAACCAUUACCGAGGAAUAUUUGAAUGGGGAUUUCUCUACAAAGAAAGUUCAGUGCCAGAAACAGAACUCAAUCGCAGAAAACAUCAAAGUGAACCCUACAGAUCUCCAACUCAUGCAGGUGGGCUGUUUGCCAUGAAUAAAAAAUACUUCUUUGAACUUGGUGGCUAUGACCCAGGGUUACAAAUAUGGGGAGGGGAAAAUUUUGAACUGUCUUUCAAGAUCUGGCAAUGUGGUGGUAGUAUUGAAUGGGUACCCUGUUCCCACGUGGGACAUGUUUACAGAAAUCACAUGCCUUAUGGGUUUGGAAAUUUGGACACCAAAAUUCCUGUUAUUUUAGUGAAUUACAUGCGAGUAGUUGAAGUGUGGUUGGAUCCAGAAUACAGAAAGUAUUUCUACACUCGGGAGCCAUCUGUUGAGGGAUACCCAAUUGGAAACAUCACACAGCAGUUAAAAUUCAAGAAGGAUCACAAAUGCAAAAGCUUUCGCUGGUUCUUGGAAAAUGUUGCAACAGAAGUGUAUGAGAAAUUUCCACCACCACCCCCAAACAAAUAUUGGGGUGAGAUUAGAUUGACAAACACUUCCCAAUGUAUUGACACACACGGCCAAAGUGUGGGAGGUGGUCCCAUUGGUGUCAGUAACUGCCAUCAUCUUGGGGGUAACCAGCUGUUUCGUUUAAAUGAGAAAGGUCAGCUUGCUUUAGGGGAGAGAUGUAUUAAUGCCCAAUAUGAUACAUUACAAAUACAGUUCUGUGAUGUCCAACCUGUUGGUCCUUGGAAAUACUCAAAGAAAUUAAAGUCUAUCUUCCACAGUAACUUAAGAAAAUGUGUUGAGGCUGGAAUCAAUACAAAACUCUAUCUUCGAAAAUGUAACCCACUAAAUAAAAUGCAACAGUGGAUCUUCCAGAAAACCUGGGCCUGGAAAUAA